AUGGAACAAUCAAAUACGACAAAAUUCAAAUUCUUAUCAUUGGGAGGAAGUAACGAAGUCGGGCGAUCAUGCCACGUAUUACAAUACAAGGGCAAGACAGUGAUGCUUGAUGCAGGGAUUCAUCCUGCUUAUCAAGGGCUAGCUUCACUGCCGUUUUAUGAUGAAUUUGAUCUUUCCAAAAUCGACAUCUUAUUAAUUUCGCAUUUUCAUUUGGAUCAUGCUGCUUCACUUCCUUAUGUGAUGCAAAGGACAAAUUUUCAAGGGAGAGUUUUUAUGACACAUCCAACCAAAGCCAUUUAUAGAUGGUUGCUACGAGAUUUUGUUAGAGUUACUAGUAUAGGUUCUUCAUCCUCUUCAAUGGGAGGCAAAGACGAAGGCUUAUUUUCAGAUGAGGACUUAGUAGAGUCCUUCGAUAAAAUCGAAACAGUGGAUUACCAUUCGACUGUGGACGUCAACGGUAUAAAAUUCACGGCAUUCCAUGCAGGUCAUGUUUUAGGUGCAGCAAUGUUUCAAAUAGAAAUUGCUGGUUUGAGGGUGCUAUUUACGGGGGACUAUUCGAGAGAGGUUGAUCGUCAUUUAAAUUCUGCUGAGGUUCCUCCACUUUCGUCCAACGUAUUAAUUGUAGAGUCUACCUUUGGCACUGCGACCCAUGAGCCUCGUUUGAAUAGAGAGAAGAAACUGACGCAAUUGAUUCAUUCCACAGUUAUGCGCGGUGGUCGUGUUCUUCUGCCGGUUUUCGCAUUAGGGAGAGCUCAGGAAAUCAUGCUUAUAUUGGAUGAAUAUUGGUCCCAACAUGCCGAUGAACUUGGUAGCGGGCAAGUUCCAAUAUUUUAUGCAUCCAACUUAGCCAAAAAAUGUAUGAGUGUCUUUCAAACCUAUGUAAAUAUGAUGAACGACGACAUUCGAAAAAAAUUCAGAGAUUCUCAAACUAAUCCAUUCAUAUUCAAGAAUAUAUCCUAUUUGAGGAACUUGGAAGAUUUCCAAGAUUUCGGUCCCAGCGUGAUGUUGGCAUCUCCAGGUAUGCUUCAGAGUGGUUUGUCAAGAGACUUGCUUGAAAGGUGGUGCCCGGAAGACAAGAAUUUGGUACUGAUCACCGGUUAUUCCAUUGAAGGAACGAUGGCAAAAUUCAUAAUGCUUGAACCAGAUACAAUCCCUUCAAUAAACAAUCCUGAAAUCACCAUUCCAAGGCGUUGCCAGGUCGAAGAAAUCUCCUUUGCUGCACAUGUUGAUUUCCAGGAAAAUUUGGAAUUUAUUGAAAAGAUUAGUGCCCCGAAUAUUAUUCUUGUUCAUGGCGAGGCUAAUCCUAUGGGUCGUUUGAAAUCAGCAUUAUUGUCCAAUUUCGUUUCCCUAAAGGGCACAGAAAAUGAAGUUCACGUUUUCAAUCCAAGAAAUUGUGUUGAAGUGGAUCUUGAAUUUCAAGGCGUCAAAGUUGCAAAAGCUGUGGGAAAUAUUGUAAACGAAAUAUACAAAGAAAAAUCAUCGGGGGACGAACCUACGGUUAAAAUAGAACCUGUAAAAGAAGAAACUAAGAAUGCAUUGGAUCUACAAGCUGAAGAUGAUACUGAAACAGAUGAGCAUAAGGAUAUAAUCGUUUCCGGGAUUUUGGUCUCAGAUGAUAAAAACUUCGAGUUGGACUUUCUGUCAUUAUCCGACUUAAGAGAACAUCACCCUGAUCUAUCUACAACAAUAUUAAGAGAGCGUCAAUCAGUCCGUGUAAAUUGUAAAAAAGAGCUUAUUUACUGGCAUAUUUUACAAAUGUUUGGUGAGGCUGAUGUUCUUCAAGACGAUGAUAAGGUGACAAAUCAAGAACCAAAGCUUAAGUCAGAAGAAGGUGACGGUACAACCAAAUCUGGUAAACUAAUUUUGCAGAUAAUGGGGGAUAUCAAAUUAACUGUUGUCGACACUAUAGCUACUUUAGAAUGGACACAAGAUUUAAUGACUGACACUGUAGCUGAUUCUGUCAUUGCAAUACUUAUGAACGUAGAUUCUGCUCCGGCUAGUGUGAAGUUAUCCAGUCGCUCUUGUGACGAUCAUGAACAUGACCAUGACGGCGAGGUGCAAUCUUUUGCACAAUUCAAGAUGGAUGAAGUGUCGAAAGCAAAACAAAUCUCAAGAUUGUUCAAAGAACAAUUCGGUGAGUGUUUUACUUUGUUACUCGAUAAAGAUGAAUACAUUAAUAGCAAGCAAAAUACAAUUAAUGGAGUUGUCACUAUCGGUAAGAACACUGCUAAAAUCGAUUUCAAUAACAUGAAAAUACUAGAGUGUAAUUCGAAUCCACUAAAAGGUAGGGUGGAAAGCCUUUUGAAUAUUGGUGGCAACUUAGUCACACCGCUUUGUUAA